GUCUCCAUAAAAUUCUCUCAAUCUACAUCUUGCAUUCAAAAUGUCAGGAAGAGGAAAGGGCGGCAAAGGGCUGGGAAAGGGAGGAGCGAAGCGCCACCGUAAGGUCCUCCGUGAUAACAUCCAGGGAAUCACGAAGCCGUCCAUUCGGCGUUUGGCUCGUAGGGGAGGAGUCAAGCGUAUCAGCGGCUUAAUCUACGAGGAAACCCGUGGUGUUUUGAAGAUAUUCCUGGAGAACGUGAUUCGCGAUGCCGUCACUUACACCGAGCACGCGAGGAGAAAGACUGUCACUGCUAUGGAUGUGGUUUAUGCACUGAAGAGGCAGGGCAGAACUUUGUAUGGAUUUGGGGGUUAGAUGGUUUAGGGUUUUGUAUUGGGAAUUUGAAGUCUUGCUGUCAAGAAUAUUUGAGUUUAUGGUUAGGGAUUGUAAUUAGGGGUUUUUAUUGGGAUUAUCCAGAAUUUAAUAUGUUGACCUGCUUAUUUGCUUCCGUGAUUUGUAAACUCAAAUUUUGAAUGCAGAUUUCAAUGGAAUUUGAUUUUGACAUUGUUAA